AUGGAGAGUUACCAUGCAAGUGAGAAUAAAGCCGGUCGUGGUGGACCUGUGUAUAAGGAUCGCAAUUUAUCAUUGCACGGUGGACGUAGUGGUGGUACGAGAUACCAAAUCUCGAACUCCUCUGGUCGUAACCCUUCUUGUCGUGGCUCGUCCACUGCAGUGAGCUCACGAGAUCGCGAGCGAGAUGGACGUAAUCGUCCACGUUCACACUCUCGAGACGGUAUGAAGGAACGUAAAAACAGUAUUGGAAGUCGUAGCUCCUCUUUUCUUGUAGCCGGUAGUCCAGCAUUGAGAUUACGAGAGCGAAAGAAUUUGCUACUCAUGCAUCGAACUGGAGCAAGGAGAAACGAGUUGUCACCAGCAGAUACAGCCACACGUGUGAUUGGAAUGGAUAUCAAGUAUAUGAAGAACUCGGAACGUCCGUAUGUAACAGACAAACUCGUCAUGUAUCCAGGUGUUUUUCCAACCAAUGCCAAUUUUCCAGAGGAGAAAUUUCGUUAUCAUGCGGUGCGGAAUGCCGCGUUUGUGAGUCCAUUGCCACGUGGAUUUAACCAGCAAUGGCAUUUACAGUAUUCAAUGUUUACGGAUAAGAAGCUGCCUAUUUUUGAUGACCUUACAAGAGCGACGCGCGCUAUUGCCCGGAUACGGAAAGAGUUUGAAGACACAACAGGUGCGAAUGUGGACAUGCCGAUACCUCCAGCUACUGGUGACGAAGUCGCUGCAAGUACUGCUACGGUAGAACAUACAUUUACAAACUAUUUGAUUCGUCAUGUGCGACGAUUAGAUGAACGCACUAGUCAUAUAUGGAUGAGUGAACUAGCGAGAGGUGCUCGCAGUGCCGCAGAACUUACACAAGCAUAUGGCGUGCCUUUCAAACAGUGGAGGGCAGUACCAGGCGUUUCAAAAUGCCCGCUUCUUGACCUUGUGGUGAGGUAUCGCCCUGGAUACGCUGAUGCCACGUGGUUUGUGCGGAUUAAUGUCGUCUACACGGAGAUACGGGAGCUUCAGCGAGACGGCGUGCUUCGGAAAGGCGACUGGUUCUUUAGUCCGCGUCGCAACCAGCGGCGCAGCCAAGGAUGGACUGACAAGCUUAUUGACUAUUUGCAUUCAGUGGUUCGUCAGGCAUCAAUGGAAACAUGUGGAGGGUCAGAAAACAGGUCGACGGAAUUAGCCAACUCUAAACCAACGGCGAAUGGCGUUCAGGUAUCUGUGAGUACGAGCAGUGGAGCGGCAGUAUUGUCGACAGUGUCAAGUACAGGAUAUAUACACCGCACACAGAUGGCUCCACGGUUGCGACACGGAGAUAUUCCAUUUUCAGCAAACGCUGGGGCCAAUAUCACGACAGCUUCUUGUAGCGGUGGAGUGGAUGUUUCUCCGUCAGCAUUAUCGUGGCACGAAAAAUGGUCGUACGUAUUGAAGCUAUCGGAAUACCAGUUCAAGGUAGGGCUUUUGGACCGCACGCACUAUUUUGACGGCCUGUUGUCGCUAUUGCAAAAAUCCUUGACGCCACGAUCGCAACGCGGAGUGAAUGGUCCUGCGCAGUGUUUGGCCGUGCUAGCUCUUGGUGUGAAUCGUAUUAUGGAGCUGAUUUUGGUGGUGGAAAAGUUGUUGCCAGAGAUGCUGCUUUCUGCGGAUACAGUAUUAUUGCUUGUAAAGAUAUUGCUACAGCUGUUGCAGUACUUGCUUCCCCCUAAUCAACCAGUGCCUCCGGAGACGACAGGAAGCUUACUUCAGGAGGAGUUGUUAGUGGCUCUGUGUCAGUUGCUGCGUGACAUCCUGCUCAACGGCAAUGACACCCUCGUGCGUCUGGAGGACAAUGCGCCACCGUUAUGGCCAGCCUACAUAUUCACCGAUCGGUUUUUUAACCGCGACGCUUACAGUGCUGCAGCAAUUCAGGCAUGUAUCAGUCGUUGUCUGUGGAAGAACAGAGAUAUUGCAGGGCGUAUCCUUCGUCUUCAACAGGCGUGCCCCUCCCUAAGUUCGGUGGGUGGGGGUCAGGUGCUUGCCGCUACCAUGCGUAAUGAGGCGCAAAUUUUGCAGACUGUAGACCGUUUUCAUCGUGUAGACUCGAUCUUGGACUUGCAUCGUGUUUAUAGCGAGGUGUUUAGUCCGCUUCCAACCGCGAGUCUUAGGGGCAAUGGAUCCUCAUCUGAACUGCCUGUUGAUGUCGCUGCGGUCUUUCUCGUGUGCGAGUGGGCGGUGACAAACCAGCGGCCAGCUGAGUACAGAUAUUUAUCUGCACUUGCGCUGAUCGAGAUGCACAGCAAUGCGCUUUUGGAAUACGGCAAACGCAAAGAGUUAUUACCAUACUGCGGGCCAAAGGACCACCAAGUGGUGCUUCAGAGCGCUCUGCAAAAUUUCUUGCAACGUUACGAGCCUAAGGUUAUUACAGAGGUAACUCAAGUUAUCGAAUUAUUUUGUCUCCUUGUCCGGCGCCGAUUGUUUAGUGUGGCCAGCUUCGUCGAAUUUGCGUCUUGCUGUAACGAAGCAGCGGCUACUAUGAGCAGCAGCCCACUGCUAACGCUAGCCGCUGGCGCUGGAGGCAGUACUGGCGUCGCCAAACGAAACAAAUCGGCACCAGUGGUUCACACUGCUUACAAUAUUGAAUGUUCACCAGGACGAGGAUAUAAGUCCAGCGAUAUUCAUUUGCUGUCCUUGAGCGAUCGCCUGAAGCUUUAUUUAUGGCAGCUACCACGAAGCUCAUUUCCGUUGCCGACAUGUGUUCCUAUGCUCCCGGAUGACAGCUACGAUGGCGAACUGCACUAUUUGCGUUGGCUUGAAGUCAUGGAGCUUCGUCGAGAGCAUCUCAAUUACUCAAAAACACUAGAACGUGCUCAAUCGCUUUGUGUGUACGUGUUUCACACGCACGGUCAAUUAUACGAUGCACCAGCAGUUGGAACGCCUGGGGCGAUGGAUGCAGCUGCUGCUGCUGGGAGCGGGGAUAGCAUUAGAGUACUGAAGGAAGUGGAGUACCAGGGCAAAGUGGGCGAGUUGGUAUCAGCUGUGAAGACCAUGUGCGGUCAUGACAAAGGGCGAUUUGCACGCUGGUUUUUACACAAUAUUUAUGAAGAGACUACGUUUUUCCGGUUCUCGGAUUACGGAAGUGUGGAACAUGUAAUGCGGCUUGUGUGUCUUGUGCUUGAAAUUGUGGAUGUGAUGGCACUUCUUGAGGUACUUGUACACUUCCUGCGGCGCUCACCAUGUUAUCUCGUUAAGAACGUAGUGUUGGCAAUGAUUGAACGUCACGAACUUGCCUUUUGUGCGACGGACCAAAUACCAUUCUUGCUACAGUCUUUUGUAGACCGCUUCCACCGUAUCCCCAAGAAUGCCGACGACAAGGCUGGCAACGUGGCUCAGUUCUUUUGCAAAAUGUACUAUGCGCACAUUAAGAAGAAAGAGAUCGCCAAGCUGGACUUGCCGUUUGCGCUGCUUAAGCCAAUUGCAGAAACAGCUAGAAAAAACCAAGAUGCAGCUGCUGCUGUAGGUAGUGGAAAUGGUACGAGUGCCACUACGAACGGCAACGGAACUAGCGGGAAUCAAAAGACUAAAGAGAUGUCACUAGAGGCUACGAAUCCGAUUGUACGAAUUCCGCCACCCCGCGAAGUUCUCCCUCCAGAGCUAAAGAGUGCAUUGGCACGAUCAUUCAAAGCGUUGCAGGCGCGAUCCUUUGAUGGUCCUGGUGCCGAUGGUAAGCAGACACCUGCAACACCUGGAAGUAGCACUCCACUGCAAAGCCCCAAUAUUAUGAGUCAAGAUACUACAGCAUUUACUGAGUCUGUAGCAGCUUUUGAGCCAAGUUAUACAAGCUUAUCAUGGCAGGAGGUUGUUGGUGAAGCAACCUCUUCUGCAGAAGCCAAAUGUCGUGAUAGCGCUGUCGAUUUCGCAGUGGCUGCAAUCAACAUGAGCAUGACGUCAUCUUGUGUCGGGUCUACGAACGCAAAUGCAACACGGGAGCGGCGCACGCCUAACUACGUGUUCUUCUUCCGAGCUGUACUGAGCGAGGUGAUGGACAAAUGGAUGGCGAACAUCUCGGCUCGGCUAAAGUCAAACUGCAAGCGGCCCAUCACAACCCCGCAUUAUGUGCACCGUUGCGUCCGUCUUAUUCGGGAGGUCGUAGAACAGCAUCCUGAUAACGGCGAGGAAUUCAACGAAAAGUUCUCGAACACGUUGGUAGUAUGGUUACAGAAAGAAGUGCUGCCUGGUUUUGCUGGUAGUGAUACGCCCAAGCGUUCGCGUAAUCCAUUUUUGAAUGCUGACAACAGCAAGGAAGCUUUCGCACUUAACCAAAAAGGCCGUCUGGACCGUAUACAGUACGGGCUUAAGAGUUUCCUGGUAUCUCUGGUUGUGCACAAAGUGUUAGAUCUCUCUCAGGUGCUCCGAUUGGUACUCGUUCCGCUCUUCCCGCGACUGCGUCGCGCGUCGCGUGACCCACCACCAAACCUGCCGACGCAGCUACUUGCAAUGGCCCUCGUUUUCCAGCUCUUUUCAGAGCCUCCGCAGAAUUUACUGCUUGACCCGCAGAAGCUGGUAAUGUUCGACGAGCCGCUGACGAAAUAUCAUCUGCGUUUCCUUCGCACGCAGGUGCCAGCGUGCUUAAUGUUCCCGCUGUGCUUUCUACUGUGCCAGAUCUCGUACCAAAUGGAGGACAACUUUUUACUUCGCAAACGCGAGGAGCGUGGCACGUUAGCUAGUGCCACGCUUUUCAACUUGACAUCAGACGGCAUUGUUCGCGACAUAAUUUUUCAUGAUACAAAAGAGGCCAGAGAAAAGCAUAUCCUGCCCGUUUACCAUAAAAAGCAGUGGCAUACAGCUGUCCUGCUGACACACUUUUUCCGGCCACCGUCAUCACCGGCAGAGGACGGGAAUGGGCAGGUGCAAUUGCUCAAGGUGGGACAAAUUAUCGAUCAGAUGAACGUCUGGACACUUCAUCGUGGCGGCUCAAUUUACCUUGACUUGCAAAUGAGUCGACAGCAACAGAAGGUAAAGCGCUCUAAGCGACGGAUACGACAUCAACGCCAACAAACAUCCCAGUAUCCAGCAGGUUCUAACAAACGAAAAGCAUCUCAUGGAGACCUCUCGACGCGCUCUAGCAAGCGUACAGCAAUGGAUAGCGGGGAGGGUGUUGUAGCAGCUGGCGUAAAUGACUUUGCUGACAGCAGAAUGUCUUUUGGUAGUCAAGCAGAUAAAGCGACAUCAUUUGGUGGCAGUCUGUUCGGCAGCAAUAUUUCGGAUGGAGAAGAAGAAGUCGACGACGACGAUCUGGAGCUCGAGUUGGGAUUUGAUGAAGCGAGUAGUGCUACCGAAAUUUUGUCGAGCCUGAUCGUACUGCGGACCCUUAAACGCACCUCGCGACCACCUCCCGGGGUUGGGUCGACUUCGUUAUCGUUAGCCGUUUCGACGUCGUCAUCCGUACCAGUUGGUCAGACGACAUCAGCGACAAUGACUACCCUCUCCUCGUCGUCACCCCUUGCCACCCCAAAGCUUUAUGGUACGCCGCACAACGUUCAUCUCGGAGAAGGAAACGAGAGCAAACACCGCAGUGAUACACCAGGUCCAAACGAUGCUUUUAAGAAGACAACAUCAGCGCUAGCUGUGCCUAUGACUGUUACAGCAAUGCAGAACUCUUUGACACCAUGCGAAGCUCGUAUGCUGGAGGCAGCGCGAGAGGCUCAAGACUCGGCGGUGGCGUCUUUGUAUGCAGCCACAGUUUGCAGCAUCUCGAGGCGUGCCAUGGGAUCAGUGGUUGCCAAGAUCCUCCAAAUUCUCGAAGAUGAUGUGAAACACUCGCAACCUGACAAGUUUGCUCGACAAUUAAACACAACCUCCAUUGUGCGUCUCGUUGCCGGCAUUAUGUGCACACCUCCUGGCAAUGCCUUUUUGCCGCGCUACAUGAUGUCACUCGCUACUCAGCUUGAAUGGCUGUAUGAGGGCUGUACGCUGUAUGACAAGCAGCGGCAUUCCGCACCAUCGGAUCAUGUUCUACACAACAGACUAUUUCAACGCCGACUACGUUGCAAGUUGGCUGUGCGACUUCAGCUUGUGGGUGUGAUCGGUCCUAGCAAGCAUGCUGUUUUGACAAUUUGCUAUCGUGACCGCAUCGUCAAAACACUAUUUGCUUUGCUUGGGACAUCAACAGUCUCAACUGGACCAGGAGUUUCACUAUUUAGCUGGAUCUUAGACCUCAUUCCGAUCGUCAAUGCCUCUGUACUCCAUGACAGACAAUUUGAACUCGUCGAAGCGCUACAGCUACCAGAUAACCUCAAGCGACGUGUUUGGUCUGUCCUACCACGUCCGGUGAACACAUUUGGAGCUGCGAAUGGGUAUGUGUCGACAUUUGUUCAAGGUGAUGUUGAUACUCUAUCCAAGAAACGGGAAUGCGCACCCGUUGACCCGUGGGGUUUAUUGGAACAUGUACCACAGCUGCCUAGCAAUGCUCUUGUCUCAGACUUGCCUACUCCGAUGCCAAAACGACCACGACGAGUUUUCCGGUGCGUGUGA